GCUCUAACGUCGCAGUUACUGACAGCUUCUCCUGCUCGAAAACUUGUGUGGGAUGACCGAUUUCAACAUUGAUGUGUUCAAGUACCUGGAGGAAACUCUUGCGAAGCGAAUCAUGUUCCUAGAUGGUGCCAUGGGUACCAUGGUGCAGCGUCUUAAGCUCCAAGAAUCUGACUUCAGAGGCGAGGAGUUCAAGGAUUGGGUUAAAGACUUACGCGGAAACAACGACUUGUUGACCUUCACUAAGGCCGAUGCUAUUUACGACAUCCACAGACUUUACUUGGAAGCUGGUUCAGAUAUGAUCGAAACCAAUACUUUCAGUUCUACCAGCAUUGCUCAGCUCGAUUAUGCCCUCGAGAACUAUGCUUAUAGAUUGAACAAAGAGGGUGCCGCACUGGCCAAGAGAGCUUGUCAAGAUGUUUGGAGAGAAACUGGUGUUCCUCGUUUCGUGUGCGGUGCAUUGGGUCCCACUAACCGUACUGCAUCUAUUUCUCCCUCCGUCGAGAAUCCUGCUUUCCGUAACGUCACCUUUGACGAGCUCGUUGAAGCUUACGCUGAACAGACCAGAGGUCUUCUUGAUGGUGGUGCUGAUAUUCUUUUGGUCGAAACUAUUUUCGAUACCCUUAAUGCCAAGGCUGCCCUCUAUGCCAUUGAUGUCGUCAUUGAAGAAGACAAGCGCCCAAAGGUUCCCAUUUUUAUCUCUGGUACCAUUGUCGAUCAGAGUGGUCGUACCCUGUCCGGUCAGACCGGUGAAGCAUUUGUCACAUCCCUUAAGCACUCUAACCCUGUGGCCUUCGGUCUCAACUGUGCUCUUGGUGCCGAUCAAAUGAAGCCUUUUAUUCAAAACAUCAGUAGAUUCACAGAUGCGCAUAUCAUUUGUUAUCCCAAUGCUGGUUUACCUAAUGCUAUGGGUGAAUACGAUGAAAGUCCUGCUGCUAUGGCUAAAAACGUUGAACCUUUCGCCAAGGAAGGUCUUGUCACCAUUCUCGGUGGUUGCUGCGGUACCACUCCUGAUCACAUCAAGGCUGUUGCAGAUAUUUGCCGUAAAUACCCUCCUCGUCCCAAGCCUGCUAAGAACGAUGACGACUGCAUGUUGCUUUCUGGUCUCGAAGUCUUGCGAGUCGAUAAGACUACCAACUUCCUCAACGUUGGAGAGCGUUGUAACGUCGCAGGUUCUCGCAAGUUCUGCCGUCACAUUUUGAAGGGAGAAUACGAAGAAGCACUUGCCAUUGCCCGAGCUCAAGUCGAGAAUGGUGCUCAGAUCGUUGAUUGUAAUUUUGACGAAGGUCUGCUUGACGGAAAGGCUGCCAUGACUAAAUUUUUGAACAUGCUUGCUUCCGAUCCUGACUGUUCUAGAGUUCCUCUUAUGGUGGAUUCUUCCAACUUCGCUGUCAUUGAAGCCGGUUUGAAGUGUGCUCAAGGCAAAUGCAUUGUCAAUUCCAUUUCCCUCAAGGAAGGCAAAGAUGAUUUUGUCAAGAAGGCCAAGAUCAUCAAGCGCUUUGGUGCUGCCGUUGUUGUUAUGGCCUUCGAUGAAGUGGGUCAAGCCGCUGAAGCUGAUCGUAAGGUUGAAAUCUGUACUCGUGAAUACAACAUUCUUGUCGAUGAAGUUGGCUUUAAUCCUCAAGAUAUCAUUUUCGACCCCAACAUUUUGACUAUUGCCACCGGCAUGGAGGAACACAACAACUAUGGUGUUGAAUUCAUUGAAGCUACCCGCCGCAUCAAAGAAACACUUCCAGGCGCCAAGGUCUCUGGUGGUGUCUCCAACUUGUCCUUUGCUUUCAGAGGUAUGGACAAGGUCCGUGAAGCUAUGCAUUCCGUCUUUUUGUACCACGCUAUCAAGGUUGGCAUGGACAUGGGUAUCGUCAAUGCCGGUUUUUUGACUGUCUACGAUGACAUUCCCAAGGAUUUGCUUGAACUUUGUGAGAAUGCUGUUUGGAACAAGGAUCCUGAGGUCACCGAAAAGCUUUUGGAAUACGCCAAGGCUCACUCUAAGGACGCAAAGAAGGAUGAAGAUGAAGAGGAAUGGCGAUCAUUGCCUGUGACUGAGCGUAUCUCCCAUGCUUUGGUCAAGGGUAUUAUGAAGCAUAUUCUUGAAGAUACUGAAGAAGCAAGACAAGACAAGGAAAAAUACCCUCGUGCUCUCAAUGUCAUUGAAGGUCCGCUGAUGUCUGGUAUGAACGUUGUUGGUGAUUUGUUCGGUAAAGGAAAGAUGUUCUUGCCCCAAGUUAUUCGUUCUGCACGUGUUAUGAAGAAGGCUGUUGCUCACUUGGUCGAAUUCAUCAAGAUUGAAAAGGAAGAAGAUAUGUUGCUCACUGGAGCCACCGAGAUUAAAGGCAACGGUACUGUGGUUAUGGCCACCGUUAAGGGUGAUGUCCACGACAUUGGCAAAAACAUUUGUGGUGUCGUUUUAGGUUGCAAUAAUUACAGGGUCAUCGAUAUGGGUGUCAUGGUCCCCUGUGAUAGAAUCAUUGCCAAGGCUAUUGAAGAAAAGGCUGAUAUUAUUGGUCUCUCUGGACUGAUUACUCCUUCACUUGAAGAAAUGGUGAUUGUUGCUAAAGAAUGUCAGAAGGCCGGAUUGAAAAUUCCUAUUCUCAUUGGCGGAGCUACUACUAGCAAGAUGCACACUGCCGUCAAGAUUGAACCUCAGUACUCCUGCCCAGUUGUCUACGUUUUGGAUGCUUCCCGUAGUGUGCCUGUUGUUGCCAGUCUUUUGGAUGAUAACCGAAAGGAGGACUUUGCCGAGGAUGUUCGCGAAGAAUAUGCCGAGAUGCGCGAAGAGUAUUACGAAGGCUUAGAGGAGAAGCGCUUGCUCACAUUGGCCGCUGCACGCGAAAAGGCAAUGAAGAUUAAUUGGCAAGUGACGCCACCGCCACACAAACCCAACGUUAUGGGCACUAAAGUUCUAGAUGACUAUCCGCUUGAGAAGCUUCUGGACCACAUCGAUUGGAAUCCUUUCUUCCAAGUGUUCCAACUUCGAGGUCGUUACCCCAAUCGAGGCUUCCCCAAGAUUUUCGAUGAUGAGGCGGUUGGAUCUGAAGCCAAGCGAUUGUACAAUGAUGCACAAGACAUGCUCAAGGAAAUUGUCGCCAACAAAUCUUUGAAGGCCCAGGGUAUUAUUGGCUUCUACCCUGCUAAUUCAAAUGGGGAUGACAUUGAAGUAUAUACUGACGAGACCCGAAGCGAAGUAAAGGCAACCUUUUACGGACUGCGCCAACAAUCUGAAAAGGAAACCGACGAGCCCUAUUACUGCUUAUCCGACUUUGUGGCUCCCAAGGGCAUUGAUGACUAUAUUGGUAUGUUCGCUGUUAGUACUGGAUUUGGAUGUGACGAAUUAGUGGACAAGUACGAGAAGGAUCAUGAUGAUUACUCCAUCAUUAUGGCCAAGGCUCUCGCUGAUCGAUUGGCUGAAGCAUUUGCUGAAUUGCUCCAUGAAGAAGUUCGUAAGGAAUAUUGGGGUUAUGCUACCGAUGAAACCCUAUCCGCUGCCGAUUUGUUUGCACUCCGUUACCAAGGUAUUCGUCCCGCUCCAGGCUAUCCUUCACAGCCCGACCAUUUGGAAAAGAGAACAAUGUGGGAUUUAGGUGAUAUUGCCAGCUUGACCGACAUUACUCUAACGGAUUCAUUGGCUAUGAACCCCGCUGCUGCUGUGAGUGGUUUAUACUUUGCUCAUCCUGAGAGCAAAUACUUUGCCGUUGGCAAGAUCGACAAGGACCAAAUUGUUGACUAUGCUAACCGCAAGAAGAUCCCUGUCGAAGAAGCUGAGAAAUGGCUGGCUACAAUUCUCGCCUAUGACAUAUAAGUCCAUAGUCCAUUGAAAUUGUAAUCGGUCAAGCUCAUGUCAAUUUCGGAGCCUAGAAUAUUUUUUUUUUAGUUCACAUUGUCUGUCGUUUGAAGCGAUAGGCAUUAAAGCGCCCUCUCAUUUGUUUUAUUGAAUCUCUUUUAUACACACACACACUUUAUUCUGCUUGUUCUUUAUAAUAAAGCCAGGGAGGUCUUCCCCUAAAAACAUGAUUGUGGCUUACAGAAGACGCA